UAACCAUUCAGUCUUUCCCUUUAUAAUUGAAAUACUCAUUUUCUUUUGCUAUUUCUACAGGGAUAGGGAUGGUGACAGAUCGAGGAGAAGGCGCGAUGACAGCAAUGACAAUUACGAUGGCCGACGUCGCCGAGAAAAGACACCAGAAGAUGUGCAACAGGAGUCACAAGAUGCUCAGCCCACUGUGAACGAGGACGACGAUCCAGAGACACAAAUGAUGAAAUUAAUGGGAUUCGGGGGCUUCGAUUCAACAAAGGGCAAACAUGUUGCGGGCGCAGAUAUGUCUGGCGCCAACGUAAAGAAGCAGCCGAAAUACCGCCAAUACAUGAAUCGUCGUGGUGGUUUCAACAGACCAUUAGACAAAGUGUAAUCUCAAAUUUUCAAUACCAAAAAUAAUAUAAAACCAAUGUUGAAUAUGUAUGUUCGGCUUUUUUUUUAUUUAUUUUUAUAAUUUCUUAGUUACAGGAUGGGUAGGGUUUGGUAGAGUAGAGGAAGGGUAAUAAUUAAUCGGUGAUGAGUAUUUGGUAUGGAUAUUCAGCAAUUCUUAUAAAUUUAGUUAAUAGUGG